AUGUCGGAAAAUAGUGUUUCGAAGCAGCAGCAAAUCGGAAAAUCUGUAACUAGUUCUGCACUUGGGCAGUCUAAUCAGAGUUCCUCUACUCCCUUAAGCAAGAAGGAAAAGAAGAAACUUAAGUUAACGGAAAAGUUGACCUCAAUGGAGAACAUACAAAGAGUUGUUCGCCGUCGUGGCACAGCUAAAGGUAAGGUGACUCGUAUUUUAAAUAUAAUUCGCCCAAAUGAAGAGGAAGUAGUCCAGCUGACGGAAGCUGAGAUUAAGGUAUACCUGAAGAAAUUGGAGGCAGCGCAUAAAGAUUUUAACGAUGCCCACGACGAAAUUAUGAAUGUGGUUUCGGUUGAUGACUACGAACAACACGAACAGCAAUACGAGGAUCAGCUCACCAGGAACAAUGCAGCUGUAGCGGCAGCCGCUGCGGCCAUGAACGCGAGAAAUGAUCAUCAAACCCAGCAGGCGCCGGUUGUAAUCAAUCAACCGCUUCGCAUACCAAUUCCCACAUUCGACGGCCGUUAUGAGAGCUGGCCAAAGUUCAAGGCCAUGUUCAAGGAUCUUGUGGAUAAGGGUCCAGAUCCGCCAGCAGUUAAGUUAUACCAUUUGGACAAGUCUCUGGUAGGUAAUGCAGCGGGUCUAAUCGAUGCCAAGACAAUCAACGAAGGCAAUUAUGCCCACGCGUGGAAGGUCUUGGAAGAGAGGUUUGAGAAUAAGCGUCACGCUAUCGAUUCUCACAUUCACGGUCUGCUGAAUCUUAAGCGCAUGACAAAGAAGAGCCAUGUAGAGCUGCGGAGUCUGGUUGAUGAAGGCAGUAAGCAUGUGGAAGGUCUUAAGUUCCUGGAGCGAGACUUUAAUGGAGUAGGAGAGGAUUUCGUGAUACAUCUACUGGCAGCUGCGUUACACAACGAUGUGCGUCACACGUGGGAGACCACAAUUAAGCACGGUGAACUACCUGACUACAACGAGAUGCUUAAGUUCCUGAAGGAGCAAGUUUUCAUCCUGGAUCAAGGCUAUCUUCUUCAUGCCGAGGAGAAACCUAAUCAAGUCCAGAAUCCACCAAUUAAGUCACCCCCGAAGCCAGUAGCGGAAAGGGAAGAUUCAUCCACAUCGACUCUGGCGACUGCCACAUGUUCAAGCCUGGCUAGCCGCAUGCAGCAAGUGCUGUUGCUUACAGCGGUGGUCGAUGUAUUGGAUAAAAACUACCAGCCGCAUUCGUGUAGAUUAUUGUUAGACAGUGGUUCUCAAGUGAAUUUAAUUACACGUUCUCUAGCGAAUAAGUUGGGCUUGAAGCUGGAUUCAUCGAACUUCACAGUAAUCGGGGUGAACAGUAUGAAGACUCAAUCAUCCAAUUGUGGGGUUGUACAUCUUUCAUCGAGGUACAAGGAUUUUCAAGCGAAGCUAACAGAUCCGAACUUUUUCCAUCCAAGUAAAGUGGAUAUGCUCCUGGGUAACGAAUGGUUUCUUAAGUUGUUACUACCCGGAGAGUUUUCGUUGGCUCAUAAUCUUCCCAUACUUCGUGAGACGCAAUUUGGCUGGGUUGUCAGUGGAGUGUAUGAUGAAGGUUUGGCAUUUGAUGGAAUAGUCUACUCGCACACCGUCACGAUGGAUGAAUUAAGUCAUACCAUACAACGAUUCUGGGAAAUAGAGGAUGUCGUUGGAACUGAUGAAGGUGGUAGCGAAGAAGAGGAAUGUGAAGAGCACUUCAAGGCAACCUAUCGUAGAGACGCUUCCGGACGAUACAUCGUCCAACUGCCUUUAAAAGAGUCCGUAAGCGAGUUGGGAGAUUCCAGACCACUUGCAUUAAGAAGAUUCUAUGCGCUAGAACCAAAACUUUCGCAGCAUCCAGAUGUAUGGAAGCAAUACCAAGACUUUAUGGAUGAGUACGAGAGUCUUGGCCACUGCAAAGAAGUGGAUUUCAUUCGCCUCCAAGCUACAAACAUCGUUAAGAACAAUUUCUACGUGGACAAUGCUUUGUUCGGGUUUGACGACUUAAAUGAAGCAAGUGAAGCUCAAGUGCAGUUAAUAGAUUUACUUAAGGCAGGUGGAUUUCAUCUGCAUAAAUGGGCUUCUAAUCAUCCUGAGUUGCUGAAACGGAUUCCGGAAGGCGAUCAGGAUGAACUUGUCAGCAUUGACGAAAAUGGUUCAAAUGAGGUGAUUAAAACGUUGGGAUUAAUGUGGAACCCCGCUCUGGAUGUUAUGCAGUUCGUUUCCGUCUCAACCGUGUGUAAAGACAGUGUAACUAAGCGACAAGUGCUGUCGCUCGUGUCGAGAAUGUUCGACCCGUUGGGUCUUGUGACGCCGGUGAUUCUUAUCGGCAAACUUCUGAUGAAAGCCAUAUGGAAGGAAGAAUUGGGAUGGGACGAUGAGCUCACGGGUGAUUUGAAGGGAAAGUGUAAUAAAUUAUUAAGUGCUUUAAGUGGAGUUAGCAAUCUCCAAAUUCCUCGUCGUGUUGUGGUCAAUGGAGCCGUUGCAUUUGAGCUGCAUGGAUUUGCUGAUGCAACUUUGGAGGCCUACGGUGCCUGUAUAUACGUCAGGUCAAUUGUACCUGAUGAAGCAGCAGUGGUGAAGUUAUUGUGUGCCAAAUCGAAAAUCGUUCCUAAAACAGUGUUGACCAUUCCAAGAAAGGAGCUUUUAGCAGCGCUUUUGUUACACAGAUUGGUGAAGAAAAUGUUAGCUGUAUUAACGCUGCCCUUUCGAGACAUUUGUUUGUGGUCGGACAAUCAAGUGGUGUUAGCUUGGCUGAAGAAAAACCCGGAACGUUUAGAAGUGUUUGUACGAAAUCGGGUUAGUGAGAUAAACUCUACCGGUUCACAAUUUAAGUGGAAGAAUGUGGAUACGCUGGAAAAUCCAGACGAUGUAGUGUCGCGUGGCCAAUCUGCUGACGUUCUUAAGAGUAACGAUCUUUGGUGGAGUGGCCCAUUGUUCCUGCGCAGCGAGGAAUAUCAGAUGGUGGUUCCAGAGCUUCUACCUGAUGAAGAUGUUCCUGAGAUGCGGCGAGCCACUGUAGCUUCAACGAUUGUGUCAUUGGAGUAUUUGCCGGUGUUCCAUAAGUUCGAGUCUUUUCGAAAGCUGCAACGAGUUCUGGCAUACGUCUUGCGUUUCUGCCGGAAUGCAAUGGAGAAGGUGGUCAAGAGGAGAAUCACUGGUCGAUUUCCCAGUGUGUUUGAAAUGCGAGAGUCUUUAAAAGUCAUAAUCAAGGUAAUUCAGCUGCCGCACUUUGGUAAAGAGAUAGCCAUGAUGAUGUUCGGUGAAUACAGUGAAGGGUUUUCUAAAUUGAAUCCUUUUUUGGACGUUGGUAUGAUUCGCGUCGGCGGACAACUGCGACAUUCAAGUCUUCCUUAUGGAGUUAAGCAUCCGUGGAUCUUACCAAAUAAGGAUGAAAUCGUUCAACGCUUCAUUGAGACAGCACAUCGUGAGAACCUUCACAUUGGCCCAUCUGCUUUGCUGGCCCAGAUUCGUCGUCAACUCUGGAUUUUAGGAACCCGUUCAGCUGUUCGCAAGGUAACAAAGAAUUGCGUGCAGUGUUUUAGACUCAACCCUCCUUGUGCUGGUCAGUUCAUGGGAGAUCUUCCCAUGGCAAGGUGCGAUAAGGCUCCGGCUUUCAUAAGAGUUGGCGUGGAUUUCGCGGGUCCUAUACUAAUCAAGCAGACUGGAAGAAGGCUAGCACCUGUCAAGGGAUACGUGUGCGUCUUCGUUUGCAUGGUCACUAAAGGCAUUCAUUUGGAGGUAAUAGAAGAUCUGUCAGCCGAUGCGUUUAUAGCUGCCCUACAUCGAUUUGUUUCUCGUCGUGGUGUCCCCGAGCAGAUAUAUUCGGAUAAUGGGACAAAUUUCGUAGGUGCGCGGAAUGAACUAAACGAACUGUAUCGUCUUUUCAAGCAGCAAGAUACCGACUUCAAGAUAUUCGAGUUCUGUCAACCCUGGCAGAUUGAAUGGAAAAUGAUUCCCCCAAAUGCACCGCACAUGGACGGGAUCUGGGAGGCAGGCGUGAAGAGCUUCAAGACCAUUUUUAAGAAGAAGUGCCAAUCAAGCCUCCUGACGAUGUCCGAGUUUUCGACCUUGCUCUGUCAAAUCGAAGCUCAACUCAAUUCUCGGCCUUUAUACGGUCCUUCUGAUGAUCCGUCGGAAUUCGAGCCGUUAACCCCAGGCCAUUUUAUGAUCGAUCGUCCUCUGACUGCCAUUCCGGAGCCUAGUUAUGAUGGAAUCCCGGUGAAUAGACUUUCCAGAUGGCAGUAUGUCCAGCAUCUGCGUCGAGAAUUCUGGAAGCGCUGGUCUGAAGAAUACCUCUUGGAGUUACAGGUCCGACAAAGGUGGAAUAAAAGGAAGGAAAACAUUCUACCUGGAACAGUGGUGAUUAUCAAGGAUGAUAACUUACCUCCUCAGAAAUGGAGGUUGGGGAAGGUCGAAUCAACCUGUGUAGGAGCAGAUGGAUUGAUCCGUGUGGUGGAUGUUCGAAAUAAGGCGGGUUUGCUGAGACGGCCAAUUCAUAAACUGGCGCCUUUACCUAUCCUGAACAACCUUGAGAUCAGAAAGGUCUAA